AUGGACCCAGUGCCCAUGAACUCCGCCGCCGAGCGCGACAACUCCUUCAUCCCACUCAUCGAUUUCUCCCCCUUCCUCAACCCCAACACCUCAACCGCCAAACAAACCACCGCCGCCGCCAUCCUCCACGGCUUCCGCACCGCCGGCUUCAUCUACCUCCGCAACGCGGGCAUCUCUCCCCAAACCAUCUCCCGCGUCUUCGCCCUCUCCGCCUCCUUCUUCCGGCGCCCCCAGGCCCAGAAAGAUGCGCUCGCGUGGUACAGCCCCGAGGCCAACAGGGGCUACACCGCGCAGGGCCGUGAAAAAGUGACCGAUCUGGUGGACAAGGUGGAUGUGGAGAAAUUGAGAGAGGAGGUGCCGGAUCUGAAGGAGAGUCUAGAGAUUGGGCGGGAUGACGAGGCGCAGUUUCCGAAUUGCUGGCCGGAUCCGUUUGAUGAGGAGGGCGGGGUGUUUCGGGAGGUGAUGAACGAGUUCUUCGAGGAGUGUAAGGGGCUGCAUCGGGAGAUUAUGAGGGCGGUGGCGUUGGGAAUGGGGCUGGAGGAGGGAUGGUUCGAUGGGUAUACGGAUGGGGGCGAUAAUACGCUGAGGUUGCUGCAUUAUCCGGAGGUUGGGAGGGGGGUGUUUCGGGAGAGGAAGGGGCAGGUUAGGGCGGGGGCGCAUACGGACUAUGGAUCGAUCACGCUGCUGUUCCAGGAUGAUCGCGGCGGCUUGCAGGUCCAGUUGCCGGAUGGCACGUUCGUGGAUGCGACGCCGAUACCGGAUACGAUUGUCAUCAACGCUGGUGAUCUGCUUGCGCGCUGGUCGAACGACAUGAUCAAAUCCACCAAGCACAGAGUGGUUGAGCCGCCAUUAAAGCCGGGCGAAGAGGUUGGUGACAAGUAUCCGGCUCGGUACAGCGUGGCGUACUUUUGUAAUCCGAACUUCGAUAGGUGGAUUGAUGCUAUUCCGGGAACGUUCGAGGCGGAGGGGAAGAAGUAUCCAGGAGUAAACAGCGGCGAGUAUCUGGUGCAGCGGCUGGCCGCAACGUAUUGA